CGUUAGAUGUUGGACAGACUAUAAAAAUCACACACGGUACUAAAAGAACUCUCAUAUACGCCUGUUUGAAAAUAAUUGGCAGAACAGUUGAAACAUAACCUCCUGGAGUACACCUGGAUUGAACACUUUGAACACAACUAGUGGCAAAAUGCAGGGACCUCUGGAUAAUGAUAUUAAUCAAGAUUUUCAGGAUGCUAUUGAUGUGAUGCAGCGACACUCGGAAAUAUUCUACUAUGAUACUACAGACAGUAAAUACAUUGAGAAUAUCAGAAGUCACGAUUCUUCUGUGCAAUACUCCGUGUCUUGUUAUCGCUACACGCCUCAUUCUACAGGAUCAUCAGCCGCGUACGACUGGGGUGAAGCAUCAUCAUGGUCGCAUAUAACACCAGAGGCGUCUCCAUGGGGAACAGCUGAGCCUUCGGUGCUUUAUCCAAUAAUACCUGAACGGCUCCGGAAAGGCCGAAAGAAGCUGCGUCUGUAUGAAUACCUUCACGAAGCGCUGCAUGAUGCCAGCAUGGUUGACUCCAUCCAGUGGACGGACCGUGGCACCGGGACAUUCCACUUCAUCUCUAAAAACAAAGAAAAGCUGGCUGAGUGCUGGGGCCAGCGCAAGGGCAACCGCAAAGCCAUGACCUACCAGAAAAUGGCCCGGGCGCUACGCAACUACAGCCGCACGGGCGAGAUUGUCAAAGUGCGCCGCAAGCUGACCUACCAGUUUAACCCGCUGAUCCUGCAGAGACUGGAGACCAUGACAAUGUCUGGUCCGUCAUCACAAGACCUUAUUCCUCACCACCAAAUCCCUGCUGAACAGGGCUACUACUGCUCAGGUGGAACUGACUGGCACAGCUGGUAUGCCCAGUGCCCUUACCCCGCAGAGUACGACUUCACUUCUGCACUAACGUCAACGGAAGACCUGAAAACACACAAUCCAUCUCAGUGACUGGAAAACCCGACAACGUUCCUUGACAGUGAACACACAGUGCCUGUAAAUUCCCAAACGGCAUUAAAAGCUAUGCGAUAAACCUGACUGAAACAUGUUACGUAGUUCUAUCAUGCCGAAUAGUACAGGGGUGUACAUACAGACCAAGAACAGAUCCUACUGAUGUGUAAAAAUAGUUUUAAAAAAAGAUUAUUUGCUAACGUGUGCUUGUUUAUGUCUGAAAUUGUAAAUUCCAAUGCAUUGUAUUUCAUUAAAAAACUUGUACUUGGACUUGAAAA